CCACUAUUGGUGCGUCUUUGCGUAAGGUGCCGAGAGAAAGCAGUGAUACGUUGUCCUGGUGCCUCAUUUUGUCUUCGAGCGGGCUGCUUAGCAUUUGAACGAGUUCAAGCCAAAUGGGAGAGCAAGAAUUCAGCGACUUUUCUGAAGGUCCGCCCAAACUACGACCCAGCAAGUCCCAAAGAGGGUUGAACUCUGUGGAUAAAAUCCUGCAACAACCUGAAGGCAGUCCACUCAUGCGCUUCAUUCGUCUGAUACACCGAGUUGCAGUGUUUGCUCUCGCCAUUCUCUACGUUGAGAUAUCACUCAGCUCGUUUUCGACCGCAAUGAUCAUUCUCCACGGUUCUGUGUCGCACGACUUGCCUAUCCAAACGUUCAAGGCCAACCUCAUAAUUGACUACGUUGGCACUUCAACGAUCGAAGCUAGUCCUCUGGUCCAGCAAGUACUCAAAGGAUCAACCAGUCCUCUUACCACCUCACUCUACCUGGAGACAGCUACGACUCAAUCGUCCACUGGGUGUUCAAACGUGACGAACUUUAACGCUGAAAUCUACAGCAACGAGUUCCUGCGCUUUAUAUUUUCCAGACUACAGGCACAUGCGUCGCACAAUUUAUCUUACGUGGCGGACCUGGAAUUGAUCGCACCAGUGAUCGACUGUACGUUCGAAUUGCUAACGAAUGGAGACAGAACUGCUGCUCGCGUAUAUUAUCUUGUACGACGUGAAAGCAACACAACGGGCGUGAUGCUACUAUCAACAUCCCUGUCGGUUCAAGAUUACGAGGUUGACAAACAAUUUCAGAGAGGACCUGCUACACUACUUCUUGUUGCAGCUAUCGAUGAUGUCCGAGCCACGACGAUAACCCACCACAUCGCAGUCGCGUUCAAUUAUCCUUACGUAGCCGAACCAGCAUUUACAUACUCGGAGCUAAAGGGGAUCAACGGUGAUAAUUACUGGGAACUUGACACUCUAGCAAACCCUCGGACACAAGACCCCGCAAAAUCUGUACGCACGGGACGUCGAUUUGGGCGCUAUCUUAGUGAUCCAACAGCACAGUCAAACAUUGAGAUGGCGCAUUGGGAUCUACCAAGUGAUCCUGUGACGGAGCUUGGAAGUUGGUUGUGGCACAGUCGAACCGUGCUUCAUGACUCGUGGGCCUGGACGCACGCAAUCCAUGGCGUUUUCGCGAUCAACGUCAUCUUUAAUCUAAGUGUGCUGUCUUUCGUGAUGUAUCGACGUAUCUGCAAGGGCCACAUCUGGGUGGGGGACGCGUUCAGUACGAUCUCCAACAUGCUCUUGUAUCGAGGCAUACUCGUCAUAAUAUGCAACCACAUGAACGGAUACUGGACUGUCACCAAGAUGUGUAUCUCGGUUGGAGACUCAAUAACUGGUUUACACGCAAUCUACUACCGUCCAGAGCUCGUACACGCGGAUCUACUAUCUAUUUUCUUGAAUGUUGCAAGUUUUUUAAGCUAUCUCGCACGCGAACGAGUCGAUCCGCUGCUCGUAUUCGCAACAUUCGAGAUUGGCUGGGGAUACCGUGUCGAGUUGUCCGAACUUUAUCCUGGAUUGAAGAAGAAUAUCGUGGGAUUUGCAAUAGCCGACGCAACUAAUGGGCUGCUGAGCGUAAGCCCCGGUUUGGCUGGGUUAUCACCGAUGGAGCUGAUGACAGCAUAUGAAGUAGUGGAGAGACGACACGCUGCCGUCUCGUCGACUGUGAUCUCGAUCUUUAGCCCGAUCGCACUCAUUGCGGCCUAUGUUGUCGCUCGAAAAGCGGUCCGGUACGUGAACACUCCGGUGAGCACUAAGGACGUUUCCCAUCGGAGGGCAGGUGUUUACACGGAGGGAUCACAGCAGAGCGAUCUUACGUCGUUCGAGUCAGCUACGGGCGCAGGACUAAGCAAGCGCUACGGAGUCAUCUCGGGCUAUGAAAACUACAUUGUACGCGAGAACAGUCUCUCGGCGACUAUCGACGCGGUCUAUGGCAACGGCUUUCUGGUCGUUAAUGGAAUGUUCCUCAUCGGGGCUCAAGACCUUUUGCCACUGCUUGUGAUGAAGGUGACGCGUGUACGGUUUACCAACAUCUUCGUCUACGAGAUCAAGGAGAAGAGUUCUGUGCAAGAAACGGCUCAGCUGGUGUAUCCGUCGACGAUCUCAUGGGACGACUUGAGGCACCUCGAUGUUACUACGCUUACUUAAACAGUACAGACCGAACUCUAGCCAUAGGAGCUUGCACUUCACCUGCAGUAAUGCAUACUGACCGAUUUGGAUUGCAAUUCAAUGGAACCUGGAC